AUGCCGCGUGGUACAAAAACGCCCACGGCGCGUCUCAAACUCGUCAUCCGCCGCCUUCCCCCAACCUUGCCGGAAGAGACGUUCUGGCGCGUCGUCGAGCCCUUCGUCGAGGGAAAGUACGCUUGGCGGCGUUAUGUCAAGGGCCGACCCGGAGACGCUUACGGCGUGCAUCCACAACACUCACGCGCUUACGUGCUCAUGAACGACACCGAGUCGCUCAUUGCAUUCCAUGCAGGCUUUGACGGACAUAUCUUCCGCGCCAAGACUGGCGCCGAGUUCCAGGCCGUCGUCGAGUAUGCGGCGAUCGAGAAGACACCGUACAAGGCCAAGGCGAAGAAGGACGCACGUGAAGGGACCAUCGACGACGACCCAGACUUUCUCGCCUUUCUCGAGAACAGAGGCGUGGUUGAGACCAAGCCACCCCUCGAGAUUGCCCCCCCUCCUCCCCAACCAACCUCGACACCCCUGUUAGACGCAUUACGCGCGUCGGCGAGUAAGAGCAGAGCCAAAGCGGCGAAGAAGAAGGAGAAGGCGGCAGCCAAGAAGGACGACAAGGGCACGAAUGCGGAAGCGAAGAGCGACAAGGCGCGCGCGGCCGCACUCGCCUCCAUAUCCGAGGCGGCAAACAAGCGUGCGCCCAAGGCUGGUGGCGGCGCGGUGGUCAUGGUCGCCGGCAAGGGGCGCGAGGUGUUCGUCGCGCCCGCUGACACGGUGCAGGACGGCGAUCCACGCGUCAGCACGAAGAGCGACAAGGAGAAGAAGAAGAGAAAACCGCGGAAGAAGAAGGAGGCGGCAGAUGAGGGCGGCGAGCCACCGAGCGCAGCCGGUGGAGUCGGGGCCGGGCCAGGGCCAGCAAAAGAGGCGGCCGGGAAGAAGGACGCGCGGGCAGAGGGUGGCGUCGCGGUGGUGGACGAGGCGAGCACCGACAGCAAGCGCCGGAAUCGCAAUCGCAAACGCGGGGGAGGUGGUGGCGGGGCUGGGGCUGGGGUUGGGGCUGGGGGCGGUGAGAGUCGACCUGCACCGGUUGACGGGGGUGGGGUGGAGGAGACGGCGUCUGGACUGUCGCGGCGCCAGAAGGCCCGCGCUGCUCGCGAGCAGGGUGGCGGUGCCGGGGGACCGCCUUCGGCCCCGCGUGGGCGCGGUCGCGGUGGAAUACUGCCGACUGAGGCGCGUAUUGACAUGUAA